AUGGCUCGCAAGAAGGUGGCCCUGCAGCGGAUCGCCAACGACUCGACCCGCCGCGCGACCUUGAAGAAGCGCCGCAAGGGCCUGAUGAAGAAGGCGAGCGAGCUGGCCACGCUGUGCGACGUCGACGUCCUCGUCGUGGUCUACGACGGCGAGGGCGAGGGCGAGGCGCGGCCGCCGGAGGUGUGGCCGGAGGCCCCCGUCGAGGCGGAGCGCGUCGCCGCCCGCUUCAAGGCCGUGCCGGAGCUGGACCAGUGCAAGAAGAAGCAGGACAUGAAGGCCUUGCUCACGCAGCGCAACGACAAGCUCAGGGAUCAGCUGCGCAAGGCGCGGCACGAGAACCGGGAGCGCGAGAGGGCGCUCCUCCUGCACGACGCCAUCGCCGGCCGCCGCCCGGGCCUCGCGGGCCUCUCCGUGGAGGAGGUCGCCGCCCUCGGCCUGGUGGUGGAGCAGCGCAUCCAGACCGUCAUGGACGCCAUCGCGCGCCUCCAGCUCCAGGGGGAGGGACACGACCUUCCGGCGGCGACGUCGUCGGCAUUGGCGCCGUGCGGCACCGGCGCCGGCGCCGGCCACAGGGACAUGAUGAUGCAGGCGCCGGACCCGCAGGGCGGCUGGAUGGUGGCCGGAGGGGACAAUGGGGCGCUGGCCUACAACGGCUUCGCCGUCGGCGCCGGCGCCGGGGGCGACAUGCCGCCGCAGUUUAGCGGUAUGGGUGGUUUCGGGUUUGCGGGGCUUGAUGCUGGCCGAUCUUUCCCUUCCAUGUAA